AUGGUCUAUUACAUAGCUCAUUUGCGACAAGAUGUAGCGAUAAGAACUAAUGAUUUGUUAAAAGCAGCGAAGCCAAUGGRUCUAGAAGUGAAUCAGGAUAAAACCAAAUAUUUAGUCAUGACUAGGGGAACAAGGGAUAUCUCGGACCUAGUAGUAGAAAACUAUACCUUCCAACAAGUGGAAAACUUCAAAUAUCUUGGGGCAAACAUAAAUCAAUACAAUAACAUGCAUAAUGAAAUUAAAAUUAGGAUAUCAGCCGCUAWUAAGGGUUAUUACGCUUUGGAAAAAUUKUUCAAGUCAAAGUUCCUCUCUAGACKAUCAAAGGAACGCCUGUUCUUAAGUUUCCUACGGCCAGUUCUAACAUUUGCAUGUGAAACAUGGUCGACUACUAAAGGAGAUGAGGAAAAAAUGGCUUGCUUCGAAAGAAGAGUUCUUAGAAGGAUUUAUGGACCUAUACWAGAAAAUGAARUGUACAGAAGAAGAACCAAUAGGGAAGUACAACAAAUUUAUCAAAAACCUGGUAUMAACGCGUACCUUAUGAGCAAACGAAUUGAGUGGGCAGGCCAUGUAUGGAGGUCAAAUGGUAUCCUAAAGAAAGCUCUGGAAGGAAAAAUCAAUGGAAAAAGACCUAGGGGUCGSCCCAGACAGCGCUGGAUAGACAGGGUUAAGGAGGAUAUAGACAAGUGCGCCCAGGGAUUGACUUUAGAGGAUAGUGUUGACAGAGAUAGUUGGAGAAAAGUAGUAGAGGCAGCGAAAGUCCUCCAAGGACAGUAA